AAGCAAACCAGCGGAGAAAGUUGAGCUCCUGACAAGUCCUCACGAGCAAGGUUGCCAGUUGCAUAAUGCGGGGAGAUUUCUGACACAAGGAUACGCGUCGAACGUUUUUUCAUGGGGUCGCAUCGAUAAGCUAAGGCGCUGAGCCCGUAGUGUAGGGACAUUGUAAACAGUGCUGGAUAUUGUCACAGCAAACAAGGCCCGCUCGUAAAGUCAUGGUGACUGGUCGAGAGGAGAAUGCUGAUUCUGCUGCUGCUGCUAGCGCCAGCAGUGCUGCCGUUGCGUCUGUAGGUGAAUUCCCAAGCGCCGCUGAUUCGAGCAGAGACGAAACAACCUGUGAGUCAACUCAGGAGUCAGGUGAAAAGCCACCAGGAUUAGGCACAGGUAGAGCGGAGCAGGCAGGAGGGGGAGCAGCGGCACAAAGGUUUCCUGGUCGCGAGACAACGGGAGGAGAGCCGCCAGCGCUGGAAUCCGAAACCAGUCUUGAAGCAGGACGCUCCGAGCCUGCAGGACCGAUAGGCAAUGAUACCUCCGCUUCUGUCGAUGAAGGCAAUGGAAGGAUGGAAACAGCGUUAUCUAAUGAAUCUGACAGGGUGCCUGACAAUGGUAGUACCGGUGCUCAAAUCGGCUCUAAUGCGACGACGGCUACAUCAGCAGCGUCGGAGCCAAUGCUCGAGUCGCCUCCGUCAUCGACGGCUUCUACAGCAACAGCGACGUCGCUAACAGGCGGGUUGUCACGACCGACGGCAGAGGCUGCUGUAGCACCCGACGCAGCAGCAGCAGCAGCAGCUGGCUCAGAGGAAUCGCCAGUGGAGCCAAGAGCAACAGCAUUGGAGCCAGUAGCUUCGGCAAUAGCAGCAGCUGCAGCAUCUGCAUCUGUGGCAUCAACCGGUGAACCUACAGCAAUGAUGAUUCAAGUGGUUCCCACAGGAAUGAUGGUCUCAACAGCAGAGGCAGCACUCGCGACAGCAGUCUCAGCAGCAGCCGCCACGUCAGCAGCAGCUGUCUCUGCAGAAGUAGCAACCCCAGCAGUAACAGCCAACUUAACCGCAGAGACAGCACUCCUGGCAGCAGCAGCCGCCUCAUCAGCAGCAGCGGCCUCUGCAGAAGCAGCAAUCCCUGCAGUAACAGCCAGCUCAACAGCAGUAGCCGCCCCAGCAGCAGCAACAGCCCCGCCUGCAGCAGCAGCCUCAACAGCAGCAACGGUUUCCACAAAGGCAGCAACGCCAGCUGUAACUACAAGUUCAACUGCAGCAGCAGCGCCACCAGCAGCGGCAGCAGUCUCCACGGAAGCAGUAUUUUCUGCAGCAACAGCCGUCCCAGCAGCAGCAGCAGUCCAACCAGCACGAGUGAUCUCCGCAGCUGCAGUCCCACCAUCAGGAGCAGUCCCCACGACAACAGCUGUCCCCUCAGCAGCCCUUCCUUCUGCAGACUCAGGUGGUGCACCCCACAUGCGGAGACGAGCCGUCCCUCCCUUGACUGUCGACUUUGACAGCAGCGACGCCACUAGCAGCAAGCAGCAGGGCAAGCCGGGGGGGGCAGAAGAUCAAGACACCCCUGAUGACUCCUCUAGGGCCCGUUUUUCUGCUCUGUCUUUCGGUUUCAGCAUAGGCCGUGUUCUAGGCGCGUUGAGGGACACGAGUGUGGUUAAAACGGUGGCUCCUGUAGCGGAGGGAGUGUGGGAGUGGAUGGGGGGAAGCAUAACCCCUGUGGGGGGAGUGGAGGCCGAAGGGGAGGGAGUGGAGUAUGAGGUGGUGGGGAGUGGGUUUUUCAUGGGGGAGGGGGAUGAGACAGGGAGUGAGAGUGGGAGGGACACGCCUGGGUCGGCCCGUGCUGGUCUAGAGAGACUUGGUCUUGAGCCAGUUCACGAUCCAGCCAAGCAAGGUACUGGAGGAGGGUCGGCAGCAGCAGGGAGAGACGGAGAGGGCGGAAAGGCAGGAGGAAAGACACCUGGAACAGCGGGAGGAAAAGCGAGAGGAAGCCGAGGGAGGGGGUUUCUGAAAUGGCUGUUUCCUCGAGGCCGUUCCCUGGCGUCCGUCUUCACAGCGCACCUUGACUCUCCAACCUCCCCCUCCUCCUCCCCCAGUCGCAAGCGCCGCCGCUCCCACCACCGCUGGUGCCGCAUCCACCCGCUCCUGCUCAUCCCUCUCCUGCUCCUGCUCCUCCUGUCCGCGCUCCUAGGCCUCUACAUCCUGUCCGCGCGGCAGGGCGCGCUGGUGCAGGGGAUCAGGAGCGCGGGGGAGAGGGUGAGGCGGGGGAGCCAGCAGGAAAUGGCUGGCGUGGUGGCCCGGGCGCACGACGCGGGGAGGAUGCUGCCAGGGCAGGGGGUCUGGGAGGGCGUGGCAGGGGUGGGCGGGGUUGGGGGCGGGAGAUUGGAGGAGAGGGGUGGUCAGGAGCGGUUGCAAGGAUUUCAAGGGUUGGGGCAGCAGGGAUUGCAAGGACUGGGGGAACAGGGAUUGGGGGAGCAGGAAUUGGGGGAGCAGGGCUUGGGGGAAGGUGAAGGGCAGGGGGGAGGAGGUGAGGCACGGGUAGAUGCAGAUGGAGGGGCAAGCAGUGGGGUAGCAGCAGAGAGCGCACAGCAGGCAGGGGAAGGUGCUCGAGCAGCAGCAGCAGAGAGGGGGGAUGAGGGAGAAAGGGCAGGAGGAGAGAGCGGGGAAGUGGAAGGCGGCUUCUCUUCCGAUACUGGCACUCAACAAAGCCCGGAUGGGACAGAGGAGAGCCAGGGAAAACCAGCACAGACCCACCUCGACAGCAGCAUCAGCGUCAGCAGCAGCAGCAGCAGCAGCAGCAGCAGCCGCAGUGGGCUAUGGCAAAGACCCUCCUCCCUUGUGUUCCGCGCUCGAAUGUCUCGGCGGUGCCGGGAGCAGCGCACAGUGGCAGCGUGCGGGCUCAGGCAGGGGGUGGUGAUCGCGAGGGGCAGUCUGGAGGAGCGCAUGGAGGCGGUCUGUGCCGCAGAGGCGCUCACCCUCCUCACCAACACCCGCUUCCGCACCCUCUGGACCCUCCGCCCCCGCCCCCGCGUCUUCCCCAAACGGGCCCAAAACGGCCGUGGGCAGGUGAAGGGUGGGCAACGCAGGCUGCUAGGGGAGUCAAGGCGAUCAGAGAGGACACGGCGGCAUAGGGAGGCCAGGCGCAGGAUGUGGAGGAGGGGUGUGAUGGGGGGAGGGAGGGUAGGGGGAGCAGGGCGGGGGGCAGGGGGAGCAGGGCAGGGGUCAGGGGGAGCAGGGGGGGCAGGGGAGGGGGCGAGGGGAGCAGGGGAGGCGGUUACGAUGGCUGCGGAGGUGGGCAUGGUGCGGUUUGGCGACCUGUUUGAUGUGCACAUGCCGGUGGACGUGCAGGAGAACGCCACCGAGUUCCUCCUCAGACACGUGGUGGCGGGGGAGAAACUUGCCCGCAAAGAGAUCUCCUUCAUCCGCUGCCCCGAGCCGUCCGCCGCAGGCGCCAUCCCGUCUGGCAUGAACCUUCUUCAAGCCACACCAGACGUGCGCCGAUACGCGCAAGAGGUCACCAGAAUGCGUAAAGCCACAGGCUGGGCUCCUCACGGAUCUCCCAGCAAUGGUCCUGGGGGUCUCCACGGUAACAGCAACAGCAGCAGGGUGGAGAGUGGUGAAGACCGGUACGGGCACUGGACUGCGCGCCUGCAGCUGUACACUGCGCGGUCGCUAGUGCUGCCGGACUUUGCCGACCGGCCCGUGGCGUGCCGGUACGAGGAGGAGGUGCGGGAGUGCCUGGGGAAGCUGCAGCCGUCUGAUGCUGUGCUGUCCCUUAUUCGGCAGGAGGAGAAGGAGGGGGGAGAGGGGAGGGAUGGGGAGAGGGGUGGGGAGAGCGGAAGGGAGGGUGAUGGCAGCAGUGUGGUGGAGCUUGUUGCGAGGAGCACUGCUGUGUAUCUGGAGCCCACCCCCCCCUGGACGCUCUUCCAGGCGCGUGCGCUGCCUUGUGCUGGCUGCCCGCCCUCUGACCUCCUCAACUGCACCAUUCGCCGCAUCGCCUACCACUACAUGCGCACCCCGGGAACUUCUUUGUCUCCAUCCUCUUCCUCCUACUCUUCCUCCUCGUCAUCUUCAUCUUCCUCCCUGCCUGACUUUCUAAUCGGUGCAUACUGGCCAUCGGAUGCUGAGACGCUCAUCUCAGCCUUCCAUCCGCUUCGCCGGCCGCAUCUUCUGAGACUGACACGCCAGCGCCACGCAGCUUGCCCCUCUCCACCCCCUCUGUUGUUGCGCCCUGAGCCACGGUCAAGACGGUUUGAAGAGCGGCUGAGGCUGAGGAUCAAGUAUGGGAGGGCUGGAGGGGGGAUGCAGGGCGCAGGAAGUGGGGGAGCACAGGGAGCAGAGAGGGAGGGCGAAGGGCGGGGAGUGGCACAAGGGGACGAGCAGAGAGUGGCAGAGGGCACUGGAUCUGGUGGUCUAAAUGAUGAAGGCUACAGAGGGGGCGCGGCAGGUGCAGAGCAGCAGCAGCAGCAGCAGCAGCAGCAGCAGCAGCAGCAGCAGCAGGUGCGGUUUGUUGACCCACCGAGAGCAGCAGGAGGGGGCGUGGCUCUGGACCUGAGGGUGGGAGACGAGGGGCAGGGAGGUGGCGGGCAAGGAGGGGGCGGGCAGAAGGGCAAGUACUGGGCGAUGAAGCAGCGGCUGAAGCAGCUGGCAGAGGAGCGCAGAAGUCAGCGAGGAGUGUCUCGUACUGACGCCCCUGGUCGCACUGGCAGUGGCGGGGUGUUAACCAGGAGGCGCCUUUUGGCUGCCCAGUCAGCGUUGACCUGGCGCCAGCUGGCGGAAUUGCAGGAGGAGGAGGCUGCGCGGAUGGCAGGGCUGUCGAAGCCGAGAGAUGAUCGGCUGUGUGCUCGACUAAGGUUAGCAGAGCUGUUCUGGCUGUCGCGAGCGCGUGCGUUCUUCAGUCUCUACCACAGCACAGCAUCAGACUUCGUCCGUGCACAGAUGGACUUCCACCACCGCUCCACACGGGGGGGCAGGCGGGUCGGCUCUGAUCAGGGUUCAGGGACGGAGGGAGGGAGCGAGGGAGGGGUUCACUCUGCUGCUGCUAUGGACGGAGGGGUGGGGGGUGUGGGAGGGGUGGGUGACGAGCUAAGUGUGUGUCAAGCGCCCCCUGUGCCGCCUGUCAUCAAGAGCCGAGCGGCACGGCACAUGAUAGUGGAUGAGCGGCUGAAGGCCAUCUACUGCUACAUCCCCAAGGUGGCAUGCACGAGCUGGAAGCUGUGGUUCCAGCAGCAGAGGGGGCGCACCACCCAGGAUGACAUAGCGCAUGUGCAUGAUGCGGAUGCCAGUGGGGUGGACGAGCUGUGGCACGCUUUCACUGAGAGUGAGGCAAUUCGCCUGCUCACGCGGCCUGACCUCUUGCGGUUCACGUUCGUGCGCAACCCCUUCUCCCGCAUGGCGUCUGUGUUCCUCAACAAGCAUGUCGCCUGGCCCAACCUGGACGACCGCCUGCAGUGGAACAAGAAUUUCUUUGGUUGGAAGCGCAGCAAGCUGCUGCAGAUCGCCCCUCGGGACGCAGAUUACAACAUGACCUUCUCCACUUUCGUUACACUCACACUCGCUACAGUCACCAAGCACCGCGUGGGCAUGGAGCCCCACAUAGCCCCCCAGGCGGACGUGUGUGAUCUGGACAGCAUCAAGUAUGACUUUGUGGGGCGCUUUGAGCAGCUAGAGGAAGGGGUGGAUUAUGUGAUGAAUAAGCUCGGCGCAUCACCGAUGACGGCUUUUGGGGUGGGGAAGGAGGCACAUCGCACUGAUGCGGACGCACGCCUGCGGGAAUUGUACACCAAGGGAAUCUAUGAGCAAGUGAAGGGGCUGUAUGCAUCUGACUUCAAUAUUCCUCUAAAUGGCAUACAUUAUGAGCCUCCAGCCACAUUGAGGGAUGCAUAUGAGCAAACUUCUUACUGAAUUGAACCUAGGCUCACUGAUUAAAAUUACGUAUUUUGACCAUUGAUCACAUGGGGUGUUUACCUACAAUUAGACAUAGGUAGCUUUCAUAUGUUCAUUCACGCCGUU